GGUCCCCCCAGGCUCAUGAGGCUCCCUCCCCAGCACCAUGUGGGGACAUGCCCUAUGCCCCUGUGCCCCUGGCAAAGUGGGGCUGUGAGCAGGCCUCUUCUCCGCUUCCAGGGACUGGUACAUGAAUGGGAACUACCUGGUGAUCCUGGUUUCCAUCACCAUUAUCCUGCCCCUGGCCCUCAUGAAGCAGCUCGGCUACCUGGGCUAUGCCAGCGGCUUCUCCCUCAGCUGCAUGGUCUUCUUCCUCAUCUCGGUGAGUGCAGCGGACAUGGCCCCAGGAUGUGCUGGCAUCUUGGGGCACAAAGCACCCCUUCCCGCUGCCGGGCCAGGCAUCCCCCAUGCCUGCACUGGAGCCCCGCUGCCGGGGCUGCCAGGUCUCCGACUCAUCCGGAGCAUGACCACAGAGCAUCUCUGCUGCCUGCACUGACAGGGGCAGGGUACGGGGCAAGCCUCACUGUGGGGGACCG